AUAAACCCAGUGUCGAGUUCCACGAGAGAGGAAAGAACCAUAAAGAGAAUGUGGCCGCCAAAAUACAAGAGAUUAGGAAGAAGAGUGUGGCGAAGGCCAAGCAGGAGAAGAAGAUGUCCAAAGACUUCGCAGCGAUGGAGGAUGCGGCUCAGAAGGCGUACGAGGAGGAUCUGAAGAGACUCGCCGGACACACCUCAGGUGAGAGUGUGUGUUCUGCUAAAGCUCCAGCUGAAGCUCCAGUUAGGAAACAGAAGAAGCUGAAGCCCAGUGCGGUAAAGCCCCGCUCGGACCCCAGCAGCAGC